AAAUUGAGUCCGACCUAACCUGUAUUGUAAAUAUAUUGUAUAUAUAAAUUUUUCUAUUUUAACAAUUUUUUAAUAUAGACAUUCACACUUUAAUACAAUAGAUUUAAAAUCGUUAAUAAGUAAUUACUUAUUGUAUGUUGUCACAGUGACGUUUACUGCCACUGGUUCGUUUAACCAGCGGUACGUUUGAACUACUGGAAUAAUCAAGGCGGCAAAAUGGAAUCUAUUGAACAAAAAUUGAAUUCCAACAAUCCGAGGGUAGUUGCUCAAGUUAUAUCCACAAUUAUCAAGAAUAUUACAAGGAAACCGCCUUCUGAUGUACCCAACAGUCCGGAAUUAAAAUUUCUUUACGAUAAAUCGACAAAUAACGACCCUCUAAUCAGUGAAAGUGUGUGUGAUGCGAUUUUACUGUUAGUUAAAAAGGGUGUCUUAGAUGCAGAAUCUGUGUUACAUGAUUUUGUCACGAAAAUUGCUAGUGUUCAGUGUUACUCCGGGAUAACUCAUCUGCUUGGUCAAUUAUUGUAUAUUGAAUUGGACGAAAAUUUGAAGAAGGGCACUAAAAUUUGUCAGUACAACUUAAGAUUCCCACAACAUCCUUUUGUAACCUUAGUUCAUGAACACUCAGACAGUUGGAACUUUCUGUUGGAAGAGAUUCGAGUGUUUUAUAACAAUGAGGAUGAAAACAUUGUUUCACACAGAGACAAACUAUUUAGACCUCUGUUUCUUUAUGUCCUCUGCAACCCUGGGGAAACCGGACUGAAUUUAUUUAAAGAACGUUUGUGGAGAUGUAUUAUUAAUUCUCAAUGUAAUGAGGAGACGCUGUUGGAUAUUUUAGGCUGGUUGCAUAUGGAAUCAAGGAACAAUAUAGAACUUAUAAGCGAAUUUUUAAAUGAAUAUUUGCAAAUUGUGAAAAGUGAUGCUGCGUUUAAAGUUAUUGUUUUGUAUCAAGUUUCUACUUUAUAUCAUCUUCUUUUAUACAGAAACAAUCCAACGACAACUAUCAGAGUCCUAAAUACCAUAAUUAUAAAGAAACAGAUUGCAGAUAUUAGUAAUUAUUUACUGUAUAUCUUCACUAAAAUGAUAAAAAUAUGCUCAUGUGUAUAUUUGGAAUCAUUAUUGUUGUUAUGUCAAAAAUUGAUAUCCAAUAUACCUUGUGAUUUAAUAGCCUUAAGUGCUUUUAAAGCGUCUUUAAUUCAUCUUAUUGCAAACGCUUGUUUACUAGACGAUCGAUCUGUACAAAUAGCACGAUCGAUUUAUCAGGAAAUUGAAAAAUCCAGUGACAAAUCCGAUUGUCUCGAAAGAUGUAUACUCAGCAAAAGAAUUUUCAAUAGCAAUAAUGAAAUUUAUUUAGCAGUAACUCUAACCAAUUUAUCUUGUAGUCUUAACAAUAACGAAAAUUUAGACUUAUUUUUAAAAAAUUUAGAAAGUUGUCCACAGUUUUACGUAAAGUCCAUCAUACAUUUUAUAUACGGAAUAUUUCUACAAAACAAUACUCUAUAUGUCGAACGAUCUUUAUUAGAUAUAAUACUGAAGAAUACUCGAGUGUAUUUAGAGAUUGCCCCCGAAACUCUGUCCGUUAUUUUAUAUAAACUGUCACGAACCACAAACCAACAAAUGCAUUUAAGUUUGCUUAAAGCGUUGCCCAAAAUUUCGAUAUUGAAAGAAAAUUAUCACAAAAUUGUCGGAACGAUUUUGGCUUUGAAUAACGGGCCGACGAGAUUACAGAACGUGAGUGCUCUAUUGAUGUUUGAAAUUUGGAAACUGGAAGACAGAACCUACAGCAACUUGGAAACCAUGUUAAUGAUGGAGUGUAAGUCGAAACGCGGAAUUCUAGAAUUUUAUACCACAAAAGCUUACAUCCUCAAGGAAAUAUGCGCGUUUAGACCGGGCAAGUACGGAAAAGAAAUUGUGGCGCACUUUUCUAAUAUUUUAAACAAUCACAGCGGUGAAGGUGGUGCUUUGCCAUGUUCAUUGGCUAUUGAAGGUAUUAGGUAUUUGUGUAAAGCAGGAAUUAUUGAUGCAGUCACGACUUGGGCAAGCAUUUUCCCCAAAUUUAAAGAUGACUUUAGGACACCAAUUGUAGUUAGCUUAUGCAAUUUAAUUCACGAGAUCCCACAACUCAAUUACACUGAGGCAUAUCCUCAAUUGAUUAAUGAUGUGGUGGCCAGAUUGUGGUUCUAUGUCUUGCACAGUGAGAAUUGCGAGAUGAUGGAAGCAGCUUUGAAUGGCCUAACUUCUUUUAGUUUGGAACAGAUUUCGUCUCAUUUCCCUGAUGAAUAUUUGGACGCUGAUACUUUGGAGUCUAAACAAAAUAAUGCUGCGUCUCAAAUAGUUCCAGGCAAAACUUGGAUUUAUCUCUUGAAAUCGUCAAAAGAUAAUAUAAAAUGCUUUGGUAACUUUUUAAUAAAAAUGACGUCAAUUGAAGUAUCAAACUACCUUAAAUAUGUGUACCAAGUCAAAGGUAACACAGAACCAAUUCAUUUUACAACGUUACCACCGCACAGUAUCGUCAGAGCCGUAGGAGAAUAUCUAAAACAAUGGUUAUCUAAAUGGAAGGAUUUUCCAACUCGUCUCAUUUAUAUGGAAUGUUUACGAAUAUUUAGUCAAGAAUACAGCAAACCCCUCCCACCAUACAAUUGGCAUUUCUUAUUAGAAGUUAUUGAUGAUCCCAUUGCUAGGCCCUAUUGUAUAGAUAUAGCUUGUCAUCAAGUUAUUAUGUCAGGAUCUGCCAGACAAAUUAUUGAUAAUUUGGUAGAGGCUUGUACAUCAACAAAAAAUGAGGGAGACAUGAUCUGCAUUUAUAAAAAUUUAAAAUUCCUUGCAAACAGCCUACAACCAAUGAUAUUAAAACCAUUCUUCACAACGUCUCUAAAGAUGGCUAUCGAUUCAUUUGAAAACCGAAAAGAUCGAGCGUUCUUAGACCAAAUUGUAGUCAGACUUACAGAAGUUUUAAAAAAUCCAAGCAUAUUGGAUAUAAAUAAAACCACCAUAUCUGAAGUGCUCUGUGACCAACUGUAUUCUGCUAACUCCAGUUCCCCAAUUUUUAACGUUCUCGUAGAUAUGACACCGGUGUUACCGGAGAAAAUAAUAAAUAAAAUUACACACUCUUCUCAGUGUGCUUCUAUAACACAGGAUUGGUUCGAAAAAUCGUUAGUACUUCGUUGUAAAAUGGCUGAGACGACAGAUAAAUCCCCCUUAGAUUACUUGGAAGAUGUUUUGGACGUUGCUUGUUUCACCAACAUUAAUAAUAAGUUCAAUUCACUUAUUUUACCUUGUUUUACAAAAGUGUUUAAAAAUCAAGUAGAGAAAGAACAUUGUGCCCUUUGGCUUUUAGAACUGUUGGGAAAAAUACAAGCUAAAAUCGCUAGUCGAACGGAACCAGCAAUUUUAAUCUUUUUAUUUGAUAUUUUAAUUUCGGCCGUGAUCAUAUUUUCAGGUCAUUUUACGUUCGAAAAUUCCACCGAUUCCACUAGUAAUAUGCUUGACUUUUUUCCGCAGGCUUUUUCCAGUUUAUUGCUUGUUGAUCAGUGGAGCAUAUGUACAAAUCAGGCGUUAGAAUGGCUCUAUCAUGUUAACACCGAAGAUUACAUUCCCGUGGAGUAUAGAAGGGCUUUCGGAAUAACCUUACAGUCUUUCCGACACCACUCCGAAUUUACAAAGAACUUAAAAUGGAUGAAAUAUUAUAACUGUAAAGUAGAAAUUGAAGAAUAAACCGUGGUAAUUAUUGACCCAGUUAUUAAUUAAUAAAUUUAAAAUGGUUUAUGUAAAAAUGGAUGAAAUACUGUAAAGUGGAAAUUGGAAAAUAAAAUGUUUUAAUAAAUGA